AUACGUUUAAUAUAUGCUCAUAUACGUACUUAUUAAUGUGCAGAAAUAUUCAGUUAAUCGUGGAAUGUACAUAUGUAUAUAAGAUAUAAUAGUUAUUAAAAUUGUCACGUCCAAUUUUCUCGACAAUUCAAAUAAAAAUUCCCCACUGAGAUACUCGUAAUGUAGAUUGUGAUGAGAGUAUAAAUAUAAACUGUUCAAAAUCUACCGGUUACAUAAAAUUUGUGAUUACAUAAAUAUUAAUGUAUAUAUUAAUGCAGUAACUGUAUGACCACGCGUAUAAAGCAUAUUAACGACAUACAUGUAGUUAAAUAUUUACAUGCUAAACAUGAAGGCAGCCUUAAUAUUCUUCAUAGUUGUUGCCGUUCAGUAUGCAGCGGCGCAAAAGCAGUACACAAAUAAAUUCGACAAUGUCGAUGUAGAUGGUGUUUUGUCAAAUAAUCGUAUUUUAACUAACUACAUUAAAUGCCUAAUGGAUAAAGGACCUUGCACACCUGAAGGACGCGAGUUAAAAAAAUUACUACCAGAUGCUCUGCAGACGGAUUGCUCAAAGUGUACAGAUACUCAAAGGAAAAAUUCACAAAAAGUAAUAAAUUUUCUUCGUGUGAACCGCCCAGGGGAGUGGAAAUUGCUACUAGACAAAUACGACUCAAAAGGAAUUUACAGAUCUAAGUAUGAGAAACAAGGUUAAACGUGCCCUCUGAGACAGAUUAAAUAUUGAAAUACAAUUACAUGUACAUUAUAUAUGAGGUAAUCUAAAAAUAAAUAUGUACAUAUACACUACACAGUACAAUCCGUACAUUUA